AAGUGUCCCAUUUGGCAAGGGCCCGCCUCCUCAUUCAUUUUCAAAACAUUGCGCUAUGAUUUUAUUGUGACAUUUGUGGUUUUGCUCCGUGCCAUUCUGUAGCUAUGGCUUCAAAACGCAAAAUAGAGUUGGCUGUCCCGGCUGAGGAGAGUGACCAGCUUCAUAUUCGCCCGCUGGGUGCUGGGCAGGAGGUUGGGAGGUCUUGUAUUAUACUGGAGUUCAAAGGAAGAAAGAUUAUGCUGGACUGUGGCAUUCACCCCGGCUUAGAGGGAAUGGAUGCGCUCCCCUACAUAGACUUGAUCGACCCGGCUGAGAUUGACCUGCUGCUCAUCAGCCAUUUCCACCUUGAUCACUGUGGGGCUCUGCCUUGGUUCCUCCAGAAGACCACCUUCAAAGGCAGAACCUUCAUGACCCAUGCCACCAAGGCCAUAUACCGCUGGCUCCUGUCAGACUACGUCAAAGUCAGCAACAUAUCUGCAGACGACAUGCUAUACACCGAAACGGACCUGGAGGAGAGCAUGGAUAAGAUUGAGACAAUUAACUUCCAUGAGGUCAAGGAAGUGGCAGGGAUCAAGUUCUGGUGCUACCAUGCCGGCCACGUACUGGGGGCUGCCAUGUUUAUGAUUGAAAUAGCCGGGGUCAAGCUGCUGUACACAGGAGACUUCUCACGCCAGGAAGACAGGCACCUCAUGGCCGCUGAGAUUCCCAGCGUCAAACCGGACAUCUUAAUCAUUGUACAUGCAUCAAAUUUGAAGAUUUCAUACAUUUUUUUUUUUGUCAUUCCAUCAAGUGUGUUUCAUCGUUUUGUGCAGGAAUCUACAUACGGCACGCACAUCCAUGAGAAGCGAGAGGAGCGCGAGGCUCGCUUCUGUAACACGGUCCACGACAUCGUUAACAGAGAGGGCCGCUGUUUGAUUCCCGUUUUCGCUUUGGGGCGAGCCCAGGAACUGCUGCUCAUACUGGACGAGUACUGGCAGAACCACCCGGAGCUCCACGACAUCCCCAUCUACUACGCCUCGUCCUUGGCCAAGAAGUGCAUGGCCGUGUACCAGACGUACGUCAACGCCAUGAACGACAAGAUCCGCAAGGCCAUCAACAUUAACAACCCCUUUGUCUUCAAACACAUCAGCAACCUCAAGAGCAUGGACCACUUUGACGACAUCGGCCCAAGUGUGGUGAUGGCGUCCCCUGGCAUGAUGCAGAGCGGCCUCUCCAGGGAGCUCUUUGAAAGCUGGUGCACGGACAAGAGGAACGGCGUCAUCAUCGCCGGGUACUGCGUCGAGGGGACACUCGCCAAGCACAUCAUGUCCGAGCCCGAGGAGAUCACCACCAUGUCGGGACAGAAGCUGCAGUUGAAAAUGUCGGUGGACUACAUCUCCUUCUCGGCCCACACCGACUACCAGCAGACCAGCGAGUUCAUCCGUGCUCUCAAACCUCCGCACGUGAUCUUGGUCCACGGCGAGCAGAACGAGAUGGGACGUCUGAAGGCGGCGCUGAUCAGAGAGUACGAGGACAAUGACAAGGUUCACAUCGAAGUCCACAACCCUCGCAACACGGAGUCGGUCACCCUCAACUUCAGAGGAGAGAAGCUGGCCAAGGUGAUGGGCUCCCUCGCGGAUCAGAAGUGCAUUCAGGGUCAGAGGGUCUCAGGUAUCCUGGUGAAGAAGAACUUCAACUACCACAUCCUCAACCCCUCGGACCUUUCACUGUAUACAGAACUAUCCAUGAGCACAGUGAAGCAGACCCAAGCCAUCCCGUUCACUGGACCCUAUUCGCUGCUUGUCUGCCACCUUAGAAACCUCACAGGUGAUGUGGAGGAGCUGGACGGGACUGAAAAGAAAACCCUGAGGAUCUUCCAAAGCAUCACUCUGAUCCACGAAAUCGGCAUGGUUGUGCUGGAGUGGCUCGCUAACCCUCUCAACGACAUGUACGCCGACGCCGUCACCACUGUGGUGCUGGAGGUCCAGUCCAAUCCAAAGGCUCAGAAAGUCAUGGAGACCCAGAGUUCCAUUUUGGACAUGGACGUCUUUCAAAGCAGACUAGAAGUCAUGUUACAGGACAUGUUUGGCCAGGACUACGUGGACAUUCAUGACGGCCAAAACAUCUCAGUGACCGUCGAUGGCAAGACAGUGAACGUUUGCUUGGAAACACGGUCGGUGAGCUACGAGGACGAGAGCACAGAGGACGAUUCCCUGAGGGAGCUGGUGGAGCAGGCUGUGCUGCGCCUCUUUGACGCCCUCAACCCCAUCACAUCACUCGCGCCAUCGGUUACCUUUUAAAGGUCAGGAACCAAAGCCCCGGUACACACAUGAGGAUUUUCAAACCUUAAAAGAUUUAUCUGGCAUUAGACAUCUUUGGUCAGGACGGGGUCAAAUCGGGUCAAAAAGCAGCCGUAUCGCCUUUGUGUGUACUGCCCUAAAGUCAUUUCACGUCUAACAAGUACAGUAAUACAUUUUAAAAGUGACACUUUGUAUUUGUUUGCUUUGGAUAGCCCGGACUCAUUUUUGAAAGUCGUUAGUUCAUCUUCUGUGUUGUUAACAUCCUUGACAGGGUUAGGCCCAAACUUACAACCUUUGGCUUGAGAGAUGAAAACCUGAGCCACGCCUCCUUCUAUUUAUUUAUAGUUAAUAUAUGUUGUGUUUGUUUAAAAAAAAAAAAAAAAAAAAGUGCACUGACAAGAGACUGGUUUGUCCUUAAUGUGAACUGUGAAUUUGUAGUUGCACUAAAUGUUCAGUAUUUAACAACCAAAUUGCUUCAAGGGUCAUCUUUUUUUUUUAGCGAUUUUCAUUUGUGUUUUUGCCCAAAAAAAAUUAUUUCAAAGAUAUGAACGUUCAAGACAAUUCAGAAUAAACAAAAAAAAAAAAAAAAACUCAAAACACGUCACGGUGCUUUUCCAGGCACAGCUCUUUUAUUACUUCAACAUCUGGACAAUGAAGCCCCCACCUCCCACCAAUAUAAGGCACUUUUUCUUUGCAGAACUUUGCACUUGUCACAAAGACUGAUCAACAUAGUAUUUAUAAAUAGAAAGUUUCAAUAAAUAUAAGACUUAUUAUAGGUCAAAAGAGGUUAAACGGUGUACAGUGAGGUUCUUUCUAUUCAAUUAGAUAGUGACACAGUCAUCAGCCACUUUUAAUUUUGUUUGAUAAAAAGACCUCCACCAAGGUCCACCUUCCCAGCAGAAGAUUCUACUAAAGCGCUACAAUUUUGUUGUUGUUGCUUUAACAGACAUAUCUGAACAGGUUAAAUUGCUGAUAAAUAGAAAAUCUCAUAUAAAGAUGCCGAUAUCAGUGUUUUCUUUCUCAAUACAUUAAAUAUAUUUCAUGAGUGCUGAAAACAUCUGCAAAGACAUAACAUACUGCUGAAUUGUUAGUAUAGCUUAAGCAUCUUUGUCAGCAUUGGAAGUUUUCUGAUUUUGUGCGCGGGGCCGAGGUGUACACUUUUCAACGCCAGUUCCUGCCCCCACUUUAUACUGUAAAGCACAGGUGCCAAACUCAAGGCCCGGGGGCCAGACGCGGCCCACCACGUGAUUUUAUGUGGCCCCCAAAAGCUAAACGACUCGUAUCAACUUCCAAGAUUUUUGUUAAAACUUGAACCAAAAUUUCUGUCAUAUCAUAAAUGAUGACGUUGAUAUAUUGCAAGCAUUUUUGUGCUACCAAACAUCAACAAUAGUUGAAAAACCCAUUACCCUUGAUUUCUGAUUCCAAAAUUAGUUGCUCAAUUUAAUGUGUAAAUAUGAUGGGUCAAUUAAAAGAUUUUCAUGGUUUCAGUCAUAAUGGCCCUCUGACAGAAACUGGAACUACAAUGUGGCCCACGAUAAAAAUGAGUUUGACACCCCUGCUGUAAAGUGAGGUCAUUUUGUUUUGCUAUGCUGUUGACCCUAAAGAAUACUUCUCCUUCACAGAACUU